GAAGAAGAAGAGACGCAAGGGCAAGGCGUGUGAUGACUUUGGUGUGAUAUUGAUGGAGGGAAGCAGUAGCCGAAAUGAACACGUUACGAACAACAUUUUUGCGCUUUUCGGGGGCUCAGAGUUUGUGUUGGAGUAAUGGCCCUCACUCUAUCAUAUUCAGCAGCAGUCAACUACGCUCUAUCAGUUCCUUGGUUCUGCCAAGGAAUGGAACCGAGCAGAAAACUGUCCUGCAAGGAACCCUGAACACCAAAGCAGAGGGAGCCUGUGUUUUCCAGCAGCAACUCUGGCACUAUCAACAAGUCCGCACAGUCAAACGUGGGACAGAAUAUCAGCCGAAGAACAUCAAACGAAAAAGGACCCAUGGGUGGAUCAAAAGAAUUAGCACUCCAGGUGGGAUUGAAGUAAUCCUGCGCCGAAUGCUCAAAGGACGAAAAUCCCUGACACAUUGAGACUCUGACCGGACAGUUACUUUGAUUUACCUUUGAAUUGAAUCUCAGUUGAAUGUCAACUGGGCAGUAGAGCUUUUGGGUUUCUAUUUAAAAUAUCUGUCAAAUUAAAGAAAUUAAUGGGCAAUGGCGCUGAAAGACUUCAUUGAAUAUUAUUUUUUUAAAUUCAAUUUAAUGGAUCUUAUCCAUCUUCAUAUUAGCAGUUGAGUACAUUCAUGUCAAAGGUUCUGCUUUAUGCACUGUUACACUCUGAUCAGAGCAUUUACUGUUUUUUUUUACUGUUUACUUUUUUUUAAACAACAUCAGCAUACUUCAUAUAAGUAAUCAAUUUGGGACAGGAAGUAUAGGUGGCAAGUAAAAACAAAUCUAAAAUAAUAUACAAAUGAAAACUACAUUUGUCAUUAUCAGAUUCUAUUCUGAUCGUUCUGACUAGUUUAAAAAAAAUAAAAUCA